GUUUUGCAGGAUAGAUUUCCGACUAUUUGGACUUUUUUUUUCCUGAAACGCGUAGAGGAUGGAAUCUAUUUUAGCUACGUUUCACAAAAGUGAAAAAUAAUUUUUGUGAACACAUGUUCAAUUUGUGACUUGACAAGUAGAUUGAACCAAUCAAAAGCAUUGUUAGUCAACUGUCUCGCUUUCAUCAUAUGGCGGCAAGAUUGACAGCCGCAAACAAAACAGCAGCAGCGAUGGCGAGUGCGAAAAGGAAAGCAACUGAUGUCGAAAAAACUGCUUCUGCACCCAAAAAGCCUUUCGGACACUGGAGUCAAGGACUGUUGGCUUCGAUGGAUGAUCCCGAACUUAGAGUAGAUGCAGAUGACAAAGUGGUUAUCAUCAAAGACAAGUAUCCAAAGGCUCGUCACCAUUUUUUAAUAUUACCAAAGCAAAAAAUUGCCAGCUUACGAAGCUUGAAAAAAGACCAUCUAGAACUAUUAGAGCAUGUUCACAAGAAAGGCGAGGAACUUGCAAAAAAGACCUGUGAUAAGCUGAACUUCAGACUAGGUUAUCAUGCUAUACCAAGUAUGAGCCAUCUGCAUAUGCACGUGAUAAGCCAGGAUUUUGACAGUCCCUCCCUGAAAAACAAGAAACACUGGAACUCCUUCACUACAGAGUAUUUUGUGGAUUCUAAAGAUAUUAUCAAAAGACUGAAAGAGGAUGGAAAAGUUGAUUUCGACUCCUCAAAGUUUCAAGACAUUUUGAAAAGACCCCUAAAGUGUCAUGUUUGUAAGAAGGAUUUUUCCACCAUUCCUUCUUUGAAAACACACAUCAAACUACACGUGACAGAUGGUUCUGUGGAGAAAAAAGCCGACUGAAUAACUGUAAACACACGUGACGUGUUAAUUCUUCUGCAAGACAUAGCCAUAAUAGUGGUGGAAUUGUAUUAACAUAUAGUAAAACAGUCCUGAGGAAAUGGUUUUUUUCCAUGGAUUUUUUUUCAGAUUUCUUGGUUGUAUGGUGUCCCGUUAUGAGUAGUAUUGAAAGUGUUUCUGAAAUGUUUCUGUGUGUCGUUAGAACAGGGGAGGUAACAAGGGUGCAGG